AUGGCAUACGCUCGAGAUCCGAAUAGCGACGAAAACGAUUCAAAUCGCCGACUUUACAAUCCGUAUCAAGAUUUACAAGUCCCGACCAAGAUGCUAUACAAGCUCCCCACCUCCCCGGAGUUUCUCUUCCCUGAGGAAUCACGCGCGCAGCGCCGCUCCUGGGGCGAAAAUCUCACCUACUAUACCGGCAUAGGUUAUUUAGCCGGCUCCUCCGCCGGUGCCGCCAAGGGCUUUAAAUCCGGCAUCAAGUCCAUCGAGGCUACCGACACAAUGAAGCUAAGAAUCAACCGGAUCCUCAACGGGUCGGGUCACACCGGACGCCAGAUCGGGAACCGGUGUGGAAUCAUUGGCCUUCUCUAUGCAGGACUCGAGAGCGGCGUAGUGCAUUUUAGGGAUAGUGAUGAUGUUAUCAGUAGUUUGGUGGCUGGGCUGGGCACGGGUGUGCUCUACAAGGCUGCGUCUGGGCCGAGGUCUGCGGCUGUGGGUGGGGCAAUUGGUGGUGUUCUCGUUGGGCUCGCGAUUGCUGGGAAGCAGGCAUUGAAACGAUACGUGCCCAUUUGA